AUGCUUAAAAAACCCACCAACGUCAGGUUCGAUCAAGGCAAAUCGACGAAAGGCGCAAGCAAACUCCGCCGGGACCUGAUAAACGCAGAGAUCGCCAACCUUCGGGACCUGCUACCUCUGCCCCCCUCCACCAGACAGCGGCUCUCACAGCUGCAACUCAUGGCCCUAGUCUGUGUGUACGUCAGAAAAUCCAAUUACUUCCAACAAGAUAGGUUCGCUCUUGACCUCUUUAGAUGCAUCGAGGUUAGACUAGUAAAGGGCGAUCUUGGUGCUCUGAGAAUGUGCACUUAG